UCGUCCCGCUUCGCUGAAGUCACAGUGCACAGACGACCUUUUACACCAAUCCACUCAUCACAUAAAGGAAUGAUUCCCCGUGAUGACUAUUGUUCCACGGCCUCGUACUUUUGUUUAUUCAGGCCACGAUUAAGAGUUGGGAUUGUUUGAGUGUAGGCUAUAGCGUCUCUGCGCACUGGGUUGCACGAGUCGCGGAGAAUGCGUAAUCAUUGCGCAAGUAUCACAUAGGUAGGCUACAACACGCGUGUGGACGAUUACACAGGUAGGCCCACUGCACAGGUGGCCUACUUCACAGAAGACUGAAGACUACUGCACUGCAUAUGGAUUAAAUAUAAAAAGAUGGAAAACCCGGAUCGCCGACAGCUGGGCAGCGACGGGUUUCUCAGUCCAAGCGUCGGAAUGGCUUAACGCGUUGAUCCUACCUGCCGCAAAUCUCCGGUUUCACCUCCAACUCUCAGCUGCCCCUUGGACUGUCCGGCCCGCGAGGAACCGACUGCUCAGUCCAAGUAUCUACCGAACUUCAAGUCUCGCCCCCACGUACUGGUUCCGGAGAAAGGUCCUGGUUAUUGAGAAAGGUCCUGGUUCCGGAGAAAGGACUCUAGACUUCUGGAGUUUGUUUUGCGGCGCAAGGUGUCAGUAGCGUACCCCCGGUGUGGUCGGGGUUCGCCAUGCCCAGAUGGCGGCCGUGCACCCCCCCUCGGGCAUGGCCACGUUCCGCCUCUUCACGGCCGACUCCCUGGCGCAGAUCGAGAGGCUGGCGGAGGAGGAUGGGCGGGCCCAGGAAGCAGUGGGGCACGGGCAGGAAGUAGAGGGGCGGGCCCCCGAGGCCCCCAACGUACACCUGGAGGCGGGAAAGAACAUCCCCAUGAUCUACGGGGACCCCCCGGGGGACAUGCUCAACACGCCCCUGGAGGACCCCGACCCCUUCUACCGAGCCCAGAAGACGUUCAUUGUGGUCAGCAGGGGUAACACCAUCUUCCGCUUCAACGCCGAGCCGGCCUGCUACUCCCUCACGCCCUUCAGUCGGGUCCGUAGGGCCGCCAUCAAGAUCCUCAUCCAUUCAUUGUUCAGCUUGUUCAUCAUGAUAACUAUUCUUGCCAACUGUGUCUUCAUGACGAUGAGCAACCCUCCUCCCUGGAGCAAGACCGUAGAGUAUGUUUUUACUGGAAUUUACACGUUUGAGGCGACGACAAAGGUGUUGGCACGAGGCUUCGUUAUUGGACCAUUCACAUUCCUAAGAGACCCGUGGAACUGGCUGGACUUCAUGGUCAUCAGCAUGGCGUACCUCACUGAGUUUGUGGACAUGGGCAACGUCUCGGCACUGAGAACCUUCAGGGUCCUGCGAGCGCUCAAAACCAUCACUGUGAUUCCUGGUCUGAAGACCAUCGUGGGCGCUCUGAUACAGUCAGUGAAGAAGAUGGUGGACGUCAUGAUCCUGACGGUGUUCGCGCUGGCCGUCUUCGCCCUGGUCGGCCUCCAGCUCUUCAUGGGGAACCUCCGGCAGAAGUGCAUCCGCUGGCCUCCCCCCACCAACGACACGCUGCUGGGGGACUUCAGCAACGCCACGGCCCUCAACGGCUCGCUCGCCUCCAACCACACCUUCAACUUUGUGGAAUAUAUCGAAAAUACCGAUAACCAAUACUAUCUGGAGGGCAGUUUAGACGCUCUGCUCUGCGGUAACAGCUCGGACGCUGGGAAGUGUCCUGAGGGCUACCAGUGUAUAAAGGCGGGGAGGAACCCCAACUACGGCUACACCAGCUUUGACUCCUUCGGCUGGGCCUUCCUCGCUCUCUUCAGGCUCAUGACCCAGGACUACUGGGAGAACCUCUUUCAGCUGCUCUUGCGCGCGGCGGGGAAGACCUACAUGCUGUUCUUCGUGGUGAUCAUCUUCCUGGGCUCCUUCUACCUCAUCAACCUCAUCCUGGCCGUGGUGGCCAUGGCGUACGAGGAGCAGAACGAGGCCACACUGCGGGAGGCUCGGGAGAAGGAGGAGGAGUUCCAGCGGAUGCUAGAGCAGCUGAGGAACCAAGACCAGGAAGCUUUUGUAGGCAGCCAAGCGACUCUGACCAGUAAGAAGUCCCUGAGUCACCACACGGAGUUUGAGUUUGACGAGGAGGGGGACGGCAGCGAAGUACUGAAGGACUGUAACGGUCGCAUCAUCCCGCGACUUCUCAUCAGGGUGCCCACAAUGACCCAGCCGUAUUGUGAAGAGGAGGUGAAGCAGGACGAAGAGGCGGGGUCUCGGGGCUCCGCCCUCAGUGUGGUGCACCUGGAGGCGCCGGGCCUCAAACACCGAACUGCCAGCGUUCUCACCGUUGCCACGGUCGCCGCCAUGGAAGAGCUGGAGGAGGCCCAGAGACCCUGCCCUCCCGGCUGGUACCGAUUCGCCGACCUCUUCCUGAAGUGGGACUGCUGCGACGUCUGGGUGACGUCCAAGAACUGGGUCAACUUCGUGGUGAUGGACCCCUUUGUGGACCUGGCCAUCACCAUCUGCAUCGUCCUCAACACCCUGUUCAUGGCCAUGGAGCACUACCCUAUGACGCCCCAGUUCGACCACAUGCUGUCCGUGGGCAACCUGGUGUUCACUGGGAUCUUCACGGCCGAGAUGUUCUUCAAGCUGAUCGCCAUGGACCCCUACUACUACUUCCAGGUGGGCUGGAACAUCUUCGACAGCAUCAUCGUGACCAUGAGCCUGGUGGAGCUAGGCCUGGCCGACGUCCAGGGUCUGUCCGUCCUCCGCUCCUUCCGUCUGCUGCGUGUCUUCAAGCUGGCCAAGUCGUGGCCCACCCUCAACAUGCUGAUCAAGAUCAUCGGUGACUCGGUGGGGGCUCUGGGCAACCUGACCCUGGUGCUGGCCAUCAUCGUCUUCAUCUUCGCGGUGGUGGGCAUGCAGCUCUUCGGGAAGAGCUACAAGGAGUGCGUGUGCAAGAUCGCCGUGGACUGCGUGCUGCCGCGCUGGCACAUGCACGACUUCUUCCACUCGUUCCUCAUCGUGUUCCGCAUCCUGUGCGGCGAGUGGAUCGAGACCAUGUGGGACUGCAUGGAGGUGGCGGGCACCGGCAUGUGCCUCAUCGUCUUCAUGAUGGUCAUGGUGAUCGGAAACCUGGUGGUGCUGAACCUGUUCCUGGCGCUGCUGCUCAGCUCGUUCAGCGGGGACAACCUGUCGACCGCCGACGAGGACGGCGAGCUCAACAACCUGCAGAUCGCCAUCAACCGGAUCUCCGGGGGCGUGGCCUGGGUGAAGACCCGCCUCCGGCGCCUGCUCGCUCCGCUGUUCCUGCGCGUCACCAGCCGCCUGGAGGGACCCAAGGGGGGCGGGGCGGUGGAGAUGAACCACCUGGACGCCGGCGAGGGUCCGGCAGCCAGCGAGGAUGAUGGGAUGUCUCACUGUCUGGUGGAGGGCCGGCGGGGGCGACCGCUGGACUACGAUGUGGUCCUCACCGUCCCCAUGGCCCAGGGGGAGUCGGACCUCGAGAACAUGGAUGAGGACGAUGAGGACGAUGAGGACGAUGAGGACGAUGAGGACGAUGAAGAGGAUGAUGAGGAUGAUCGAGGGCAGAAUGUGCGUUCCAAUGGAAAACUACAUUCUCAUGUACAUGAUCCUUUCAAACUUCCAUCUCCCUGGCAGCUGAUGCGCGUAACCAAGGACGACGGAGACUCUUCAGACUGCAGUACCGUCGACUACCAGCCCCCCGAACCCGAACCCGAGCUGGAGGAAGAGGAGGAGCCAGAACCGGUUGAUCCGGAGUCCUGCUUCACUGACGACUGCGUGCGGCGGUGGCCCUGUCUGAGCGUGGACAUCAACCAGGGCCGGGGCAAAACCUGGUGGAACAUCCGGAGAACCUGCUUCACCAUCGUGGAACACGACUAUUUCGAGACCUUCAUCAUCUUCAUGAUCCUGCUCAGUAGCGGAGCACUGGCGUUUGAGGACAUCUACAUAGAGCGCCGUCGGACCAUCAAGAUAAUCCUGGAGUACGCCGACAAGAUCUUUACCUACGUCUUCAUCAUAGAGAUGGUCCUCAAGUGGGUGGCGUACGGCUUCAAGACCUACUUCACCAACGCGUGGUGCUGGCUGGACUUCUUCAUCGUGGAUGUGUCUCUGAUUAGCAUGGGUGCUAACUUGAUGGGCUUCUCAGACCUGGGACCAAUCAAGUCCCUAAGGACCUUGAGGGCGCUCAGGCCGCUCCGUGCCCUCUCCAGAUUCGAGGGGAUGAGGGUGGUGGUGAACGCCCUGGUGGGGGCCAUCCCGUCCAUCCUUAACGUGCUGCUGGUGUGUCUGAUCUUCUGGCUGAUCUUCAGCAUCAUGGGCGUCAACUUGUUUGCCGGCAAGUUCUACCGCUGCAUCAACACCACGUCGGACGAGCUGUUCCUCCUCGAGCAGGUCAACAACCACAGCGACUGCCUGGCCCUGCAGCAGGCCACCGGAGAGGCCCGCUGGGUCAACGUCAAGGUCAACUACGACAACGUCGCCACGGGUUACCUGUCCCUGCUGCAAGUGGCCACGUUCAAAGGUUGGAUGGACAUAAUGUAUGCUGCUGUGGACUCGCGAGAGGUGGAUGAACAGCCUUCCUAUGAAAUCAACCUCUACAUGUACAUAUAUUUUGUCAUAUUCAUCAUCUUCGGAUCCUUUUUCACUCUCAACCUUUUCAUCGGUGUGAUUAUUGACAACUUCAACCAGCAGAAGAAGAAGUUUGGAGACAAGGACAUCUUCAUGACUGAGGAACAGAAGAAAUACUAUGAAGCCAUGAAGAAACUAGGGUCCAAGAAACCUCAGAAACCGACCCCCCGACCCACGAACCUGAUCCAAGGUUUGGUGUUCGACUUCAUUAGCCAGCAGGUCUUUGACAUCUUUAUCAUGGUGCUGAUCUGCCUCAAUAUGGUAACCAUGAUGGUGGAGACAGACGACCAGAGUCCUGAAAAGAGUGACUUCCUCUUCAAGCUCAACGUGGCCUUCAUCGUUGUCUUCACCGGGGAGUGUACCCUGAAGCUGUUUGCUUUGCGGCAGUACUUCUUCAAGAAUGGGUGGAACGUUUUUUGACUUUGUCGUCGUCAU